ACUCUACUGUAGCUGGAAGUUCCUUCCAGAUUUCCAGGGGCAUUGCAGUCUCGACUUUCAAGAACAACCAAACUGGACAAGAGCGACCAUUACUCAUACCCGCACCAUCAAGGGUGCCGUCAGCCAGGCAUCUACGGUUUCUAGCCUGAGUUCGAACGACAUCGAGUCCAGUCCAGCACUACACUUUGAUGUCAGACAGGCACGGGUUUCGCAUUGAUACCUCUCUUACAGAACUGCAUCUGGAGAGCCGCACUGCACUUAGAGAGCCCGAGUAGAACCGCACGACUUUACUCAUCUCGCACACACGACCGACAAUCACCCAUCAACAAACCCCACCCCUCAAAUCCAAAUACACACUCACAACUCAGCCCAAUCCGCACUCAAAGACCAACACAAAAGUUCCCAAAAAUGCCCUCCCUACCUCUAUCUUCCCUCUCGGAGGUACUCUCCCCCCGCUCCUCACCCGCCUCUGGUCACACCUCCACCACCACUACCGCCUCCAACAACGACGACCCGUACUACAUCCCCGCCACCACCCUCGACGGCGUAAACCCCCUCGGCUGGAUCAUGAUCGGCCUUCUCACCUUCUGCUUCGUCAUGUCCUUUUUGCUCGGACAAUGUUUGUUGCGGGGACAACCGACGUCAAGAGAAAAAGAGCGGAUGAGACAUUUGAUGGGUGUACCAGAUGAUUUUGAGGAGGUUGGAUGGCGGAGGUAAAAAAAAAAAAAAAAAAAAAAAAAGCCACCUGACUUCUUCUUCUCAGUCAGGCUGGAUAUUCAUCGGUCGGUCUCCUUUUUCCUUUUCGUUGACGUCCUGAUGAGAGGGGCGAGGGAAAAUGUCUGCGGGGAUAACGGAUUGGAAGAGGAGAGGAGUGAUGAAGAUGAUGGAGGAGGAGUUGGAGGACUGGAGGUAAAGUAAAAGGAAAGGAGGAGAGCGAGGAGGGAGGUGGUGAGGGUGGAGGGGUUGAGAGAGAAGGAACCCAGGGGAGGGGAGGAGGGAUG